ACUAUAGUUUUAAUGCCGGUUUUUCGUAAAAUCAAAGUAGCGCGCGCCAUCUGAAAUCUUCACUUCCUGUUAGCCCCGAUGCAUUGUGGGUCAAGAUUCGUAAACAAAACUCUCAAGUGGGAUUUUGCUGUAUUGUUUUAACCAUAAAUGCCCGAUACAUUAUCCGAUAAAGUAUUUUAGUGACUAGAAAAAUAAUAUACCACUCUUUCCGCGUGAUAAGUAAUAUUCAUCUUUAAAUGGGUGGACAGCGAGAGGUGUGGCCAAUGUGUUAGAGCCAAAAUGGCAAUACCGGGACAACAGUUUCACAUUUAGCACUGAUUCUUCUGACCGACGAGUUGGCUAACAGUAACGUGGAACCGUCAGAAUCCGCCGAGGGGAAGCCGAACAUGGCACAGAGUGAGCCGAACGAAGAACAGGACCUAGCAAAGAAAAUCGAAGAAACCAGGCAAAGAUUCAAGAAUGAGUUGCUUCAAGAAUCAACAGAAAAGUAUGAUCAGAGGGAUGUGGAGAGGCUUCUAAAUGAGGAUGCUCUGGUGGAGGCCUACCUGCAGUGGAGGCUCCAUGUAGUUGAUGAUGCUCUGAAAAUGAUCGAUGACAGCCUCCAGUGGAGGAAAGAGUUUGGUGUGAACGAUCUCAGUGAGAGCACCAUUCCCAGGUGGAUGUUUGAGACUGGCGCCGUCUACCUCCAUGGAUACGACAAAGAGGGCAACAAACUCUUCUGGUUUAAGGUGAAGCUACAUGUCAAGGAUGCAAAAACAGCCCUGGACAAGAAAAAGUACGUGGCUUUCUGGCUGGAGCGAUACGCCAAGAGAGAGCCUGGAAUGCCGCUCACCGUUGUGUUUGACAUGGCAGAAUCUGGGAUCAGCAACAUAGACAUGGACUUUGUAAAAUAUGUUGUGAAUUGCUUCAAAGUAUACUAUCCCAAGUUUUUAUCUAAAAUGGUGAUAGUGGAUAUGCCAUGGAUCAUGAAUGCUGCGUGGAAGAUCGUGAAGAGCUGGUUGGGUCCUGAAGCAAUCAGUAAACUGAAGUUUGCAUCCAAAGCUGAAGUCCUGACCUACAUUGACCCAGAGUACCUGCCGCCUCACAUGGGUGGAACGGAUCCCUUCAAGUACAGUUACCCACCCCUUCCUGACGAUGACUUCCAAACACCCAUCAACGACAACGGCCCAGCCAUCACAGAGGACGAGACUGAGAGCAAAGAGGCCGAACAGGAGAGCAAAGACACUCUGGAGUCGAGCUUCAAUUCAGAUGUCGUCCCGAAGUCCAAGAAGGUGAAUUUCCAGGAGGAGGCUUCCAAGGCAGAGGACAAAGAUAGAGGAGAAUCAAAUGUCAGGGCAAACGGAGCCAGGAAGCCCACGAACACCUUCAAAGGCCCCCUGAUGGAUGUUAGCCCCGCCGAGGAGCUCAGCUUCGGCUCUGGAGAAACAGAAAGGAAAUGCCUCAUCAUUUUGACCAAUGUGACCAAAAAUCUGGUGGCCUUUAAGGUGCGGACCACAGCACCUGAGAAGUACAGAGUGAAGCCCAGCAGCAGCAGCUGUGAGCCGGGAGCUUCAGUGGACAUCGUGGUCUCCUUGCAUGGAGGCUCCCAGGCGUCUCUGCAGGACAGGUUCCUGGUCAUGGCCGCAGAGAUGGACGGCGCCGGGUCACAAGAACUCGCUCAGUUCUGGAAAGAAGUACCAAAAAGCAAAAUCAUGGAGCACAGGUUACGCUGUCAUGCUCUGAGUAGCUCCAAACCGGCACCAAACGCUUUGAAAGAGAGCGUCGUGGACGGACAGAGCAGCAGGCAGGACGAGUUAACCUCAAUGCUCCUGCGAGUGACGACCUGCAAUCACCGGCUGGAGCAGAAGCUGGACUCGUGUCUGUGGGUCCAGAAGGUCCUGAUUGGGUUGGUUCUGGUCCUGGUGGUGCUGAACCUGCAGUGUCUUUACCUGCUGGGAACAGCUCAGCGGCCCUCUUGACCCCCGCCAGCGCGUCGGACACGUCCGCGCCUCCACAGCCGACGAUUCCUGUGGUCCUCCCCCACCUGUCCCACCGACUGCUGCCAUGGAAACGAGCAGCGGGGGGACGGGGACUGUAAGGACUUCUCACUCAGAGUUCCCAAACGAAGAGAUUUUAAUCGUCUCUUUUCCGGCACUUUGCAGUUUUACUUGACUGAUUCAGUUUAGCAGGUUUUUUUAUUAGAACGGUCAAGAAGGAAUGUCUUUAAAUUAUUACAAAUCACUGUUGUAUUACCCCCAACAUGUUUAAAAUAGUUAAUUUUUAUAUUAUUUAAAUCUAAAAAAUCUCUAUAAAGCUCAUUAAUAUAAAAUAAACUUUUUGUCAUCUGAA